AUGAACGCGUCCUUUGCGCCGCCGGGCGCUGCCUGGCAAGAACAUCGCACCCCUGAUGGCCGCGUUUACUAUUAUAACCCUCUCACCAAGGUCACGCAAUGGACCAAGCCCGAGGAUCUCAUGACUCCAGCGGAGCGCGCGCUCGCAAACCAGCCAUGGAAGGAAUACACCGCCGAAGGGGGUCGCAAGUAUUGGUAUAAUAUCGAGUCGAAACAGAGUUCGUGGGAAAUGCCCGACGUAUACAAACGAGCCUUGGCUGGCGGGGAUGCAACCCCGACCACACCAGUAACUCCGGCCACCCCGCUCACCGCUCAGGGCGCUGGCCAUCACGGGGGAUUCGGAGGUGGCGAUAACUACCGCGAUCAUCGUGAACCUCUUGGUGAAUCGCGCCAGCUGACCUUCGGCAACAACAUCCAGGCCCAAGCCUUCGUUCCCGCCACCAACGACCCCGAGUAUGCCACCGCAGAGGAAGCUGAGGCGGCCUUCGUCAAGCUUCUCCGCCGCAGCGCCGUCCAGCCCGACUGGACGUGGGAGCAGACCAUUCGAGCCACCGUUAAAGACCCGCAGUUUCGCGCCAUCAAAGACCCGAGGGACAGGAAGGCUGCUUUUGAGAAGUACUGCCAUGAUGUUGUUGUGCAAGACAAGGAGCGUGCAAAGGAAAGGCUGACAAAGCUGCGUGCCGAUUUCGCGACCAUGCUGCGAAGCCAUCCCGAGAUCAAGCACUACACGCGCUGGAAAACGGCACGCCCCAUGAUCGAAGGCGAGACCAUCUUCCGCUCUACCAACGACGAGAACGAGCGGCGCCAGCUUUUCGAAGACUACAUCAUUGACCUCAAGAAGGCGCACAAGGAGCAACAGGUUACCUUGCGCAAGAGUGCCAUGGAUGGCUUGAUUGAGCUGUUGCCGAAUCUGAACCUAGAGCCGUACACGCGCUGGUCCGAGGCCCAGGGCGCCAUCCAGAACACAGCCCCUUUUCAAAAUGACGAGAAGUACAAGUCCCUCACCAAGUACGACGUCUUGACUGUUUUCCAGAACCACGUCAAGGCGUUAGAGCGCAAGUUCAACGAUUCUUUACAGGAAGACAAGAACAAAAGGCUUCGCCGGGACCGCAAGGCCCGAGACAACUUCAUCGCCCUUCUUUCCCAGCUCAAGAAGGACGGCAAAAUCAAAGCCGGGACCAAGUGGACCGAAGUCCAUCCCCUGAUCGAAUCCGAAGAGCGCUAUUUGGCCAUGCUUGGCCACCCUGGCUCCACAGCGAUGGAGCUAUUCUGGGACGUGGUUGAAGAAGAGGAGCGCGCUCUCAGGAGCAUCAGGAACGAUGUGUUGGACGCUAUCGAUGAUAAACGCUUUGAGAUCACCCCGAAAACUACGUUUCAAGAGUUUGAGUCAGUCCUCAAGGGUGAUCACCGCACAGCUAACAUUGAACGCGAUUCCAUGGAGCUUAUCUUUGAGCGGAUACAAAAACGGGCCAAACGCUCUGAUGAAGACAGGCAGUCUGACCGCCAGCAGCGCCGCGCCUUGGAAGACCUCCGCUCGCACAUGAAGCGGAUGGAACCCCCCGUCGGCAUCAAUGACACUUAUGAGCAGGUUCGGAGCCGGCUAGCACACGUUCCCGCCUUCCAAGCCGUAGGCUCUGACGAGGCCCGGCGGGGUGCCUUCGAGAAACACAUCCGCCGCCUUAAGGAGAAGGAGGACGAGACCGAGAAGGAGCGUCGCCGCCGUGACCGCCCAGACAGCUAUCGUGACAGAGGUGAGCGAUCUCAUCGCAGCAGUGCCCGUUCUGUGAGGAGCCGCAGCCCGGUCGAGCAGAAUACCUAUGAGGCUGAGCGCCGCCAUGCCGUGGCCGAGCGCGAACGUAACUACCGCAAGACCAGCGCCGCCGACGUCCUGCUCUCGGACCGCCGGUCCCCCGCUCGCCGGUCCCCCUCGGUGCGCGACGCGCGCGAACGAGACCGCGACCGGGAUCGCGACCAUGACCGGGAUCGUGACCGCGAUAGAGAGCGUGACCGGCGCGACUACCGCGACCGCGAUCAUCGCGACCGUGACCGGGAGCGUGACCGAGACCGCGAUCGCGAGAGGGACCGCGAGAGGGACCGUGACCGUGAUCGUGACCACCGUGACCACCGCGACCACCGGGACUAUGACCGCCGCCCGCGCGCCGACGAGGCCAACCACUACGACCGCGAGCGCCGCACCCGCGAGGAGGACCGCGAACGCCUCUACCGCCGCCGCGUCCUCGACCGCGACGUCGACGAGCUGCCCUACGGCGACGAGCGGCCCAGCUCCUCCUACUCGCGCACGCGGCCCCGCCCGUCCGAGGAGGACGAACACGACCGCCGCGACGGCAACAGGCACGGUGCCAAGCGCGUCAAGCUCGAGGGCGGCGGCAGCAGCGAGCGCGCCGCCAGCGGUGGCGCCGCCGAUCGUCCCCCGAGCCGCGGCCAGCGUACGCCGUUGCAUACCAAGGAGCCAACCCCGAGUGUCCGGGCCGGGAGCGAGGAGGGCGAGAUCGAGGAAGACUAG